AUGAUGGGGGAAUACUCGUCCGUCAUACUGGUAAUGCAUGUCCUCUGGAGCUGUGCAGGGACCCAGAGACAGCAGGCCUUCUCACCCCUGCAGUUCACACAAGCACAUUACAAUGUCACCAUAUAUGAGAACUCUGCUGCAAAGACGUACGCUGAGGCCCCUCCAAAAAUGGGUAUAUAUUUGAGAGACCGGGCUUGGGACAUUCGAUAUAAAAUAGACUCUGGAGACAGUGAGAACAUGUUCAAAGCGGAUGAGUUUCUGCUGGGGGACUUCAGCUUUCUACGCAUACGGACUAAAGGAGGCAGCUCGUCCACCCUGAACCGGGAGAUCAAAGACCGUUACGAGCUCACGGUGACGGCCCACGAGAGGCUCUGUCGCGCCGAGGCUCAAACGCGAGUGGUCGUCCGCGUCCUCGACACCAAUGACCUCCGGCCGCUCUUCUCGCCGACCUCCUACAGCGUCUCCGUCCCCGAGAACACGGCCCUGCGGACGAGCGUGGGCAGGGCGGCGGCGACGGACGCCGACAUCGGCACUAACGGGCAGCACUACUUCAGCUUCAGGCAGUGGACGGACGUGUUCGCCGUCCACCCCGCCAGCGGCGUCAUCACUCUGACGGGAAAACUGGAUUAUAGCGAGGCCAAGCUGUAUGAGCUGGACAUCCUGGCAGAGGACCGGGGUCUGAAGCUCUACGGCAGCAUCGGUGGCAGUGGCGCUGAGGGCAUUGGUGGUGGGGGCGGUGGCAGCAGUGUGGCUAAGCUGACCGUCCACGUGCUGCCCGCCAACGAACGGACACCUGUCAUCACAGCUGUCCCCGUCACUCCCUGGAACACGACCCAGGACCCCACGUACGCCGUGGUGACAGUGGACGACGGCGACCCAGGGCUGAACGGGGAGAUCGCCUCACUGACCAUCGUGGCCGGCGACCCGCUCCAGCAGUUCAUAGUUGUGCGGAUGGGCCCAGGCAGCAACGAGUACAAGAUCAAAGCUGUGAAAGAGGUGGAGUGGGAGGGUCACCAGUUCGGCUACAAUCUGACCCUGCAGGCGCAGGACAGGGGCAGUCCACCAAAGUUCUCCUCUGUCAAAGUCGUGAGGCUGCAGCCCCCUCAGCAUUUCAUAGACCCGCCCAAGUUUGAGAGACCUAUCUACACAGUCAGACUGAGCGAAUUCGCACCUCCCCACACGUCUGUGAUUAGGGUGAGAGCUCAGCCUAACAGCCCUCUCAUCAGGUAUUCACUAAAGCCCAGAGCUCACCAGCCAUUGGGUCCUUUCACCAUCAACCCUAAGACAGGCUUGAUAACAACAACGCAGACAGUGCAAGCCGAUCAUAUCAGCAAAUAUGAAUUCGAAGUCAUUACCAGUGACAGACAAGCCACCACCAAAGUAGUCGUUGAGGUGAUUGAUGAAAAUAACAACACUCCAAAAUUCACUCAGCCAUACUACACUGUGAGUGUUAAUGAGCAUGUUCCACUCAGGACCAGCGUCCUAGCCAUCAGCGCGAGCGACGCCGACGAAGGUGAGAAUGGCUAUGUGACCUACACCAUUGCCAACGUGACCCCGCUGCCUUUCCACAUAGACUAUUUCACAGGUGUAAUCACCACCACCGAGGACUUGGACUACGAGCUCAUGCACCGCGUCUUCAGCCUCAGAGUGCGCGCGUCCGACUGGGGCUCGCCUUUCCGCCGAGAGGCCGAGACGACCGUUUCAAUUACGCUGAACAACUUGAACGACAAUGCGCCUUUGUUCGAGAACAUUGACUGUCAGCUCACUGUGCCAAGAUCCUUCAGCGUUGACGAGACGAUAGCCGUCAUCUCUGCCAUCGACAUGGAUGACUUGGGUGUAGUGCAGUAUGAAAUUAAAGCUGGGAACAAGUUGGGGCUCUUUGGCCUCCACCCAGAGUCGGGCAUACUGUCACUUAAAAAGCCAUUAGACUCUGGAGCGGCUGUGAAAAUGACUUUGCACACUUUGGAAAUAGCUGCGAACGACGGCGAGAACUCGAGUCCUCCGCUGUUCAUGAACAUAACGGUCGUGACAGGUGUAGAACGGGUCAGCUCCAAGUGUGUCGACACCGGCGUCGCCAGGGACCUGGCCGGGCGGCUGCUCUUCGGAAGUGCGAAGCGCCGGGGAGAAUUUGAGGAGUCGUACACAGAUGUUAAUUUGGUUAAUCAACAUCCUCCACGGCUGAUGGCGCCUCCUAAUUUACUCGAGGUGAAGGAGGAUGUGGAUGUCGGAACAGAAAUUCUUCAGUUCAGGGCGACAGAUGCAGAUAGUGGUUUCAAUGGGAAACUGUUUUUUGUCAUUUCAGGAGGAAAUCUUGAGAGUUGUUUCUCCAUAGACACAGACACAGGCAGACUUGUUCUAGAUGAACCUCUGGACAGAGAAACCACAGAUCAGCACACUCUAAACAUCACUGUUUAUGAUUUGGGAUCACCCCAAAGGUCUGUGUCACAUAUUCUUAAAAUCAAAGUGCUAGAUGCCAACGAUAAUAGCCCUCAGUUUCAGCAACGGGAGUACUCCAUUGAAAUAAGUGAGGACACAGCAGUAGGGACAGACAUUAUUCAGCUGCAAGCCACAGAUACAGAUCUGGGAGCAAACGGGGAGGUCAAAUACAGUUUCCUGACACAGACAGACCAGUUCCACAUCAAUGAGAAAACAGGCAUUGUAACUGUAAAAGGCAUGUUGGAUAGAGAGUCCCACGCGUCCUUUACUCUCAAGGCGGCCGCAUGCGACAGGCCUGUGGACGAGCCUGAGCUCAUUUCCAUCGUGAUACUCAGAGUGAUACUCGGAGACGUCAAUGACAACCCACCCGUGUUUUCACACCGCCUGUACCGCGCCAGGGUCCCAGAGGACCUCCCGGUCGGGUCAGUCGUGGCCUGGCUGGAGGCGCACGACCCAGACGCAGGCCUCGCGGGGCAGGUGCGCUACAGUCUGGGGGACGACGGAGACGGCGCCUUCCAGGUGGACAAAGUCAGCGGGGCAGUGAGGAUCUGGCAAAGUUUGGAUUUCGAAAAGAGACAGGUGUACAACUUGACCGUCCGAGCGCGGGACAAAGGCAAGCCGGAGCCCCUGACGUCUGUGUGCCACGUUGUGCUGGAGGUUGUUGACGUUAACGAGAAUCUCCACCGGCCCACCUUUCCUUUUUUUACCAACUCGGCGUACGUGAGCGAGGACGCCCCAGUUGGAACUACAGUCCUAAAAGUGAUGGCAGCAGACAAAGACCCAGGUAGAGACGGAGAGGUCAGAUACACCAUAGGGGAUGGGUCUGGCCUGGGAGUGUUUGGCAUCAAUGAAGAAACUGGUGUUAUAUUCACCCAAGAGACGCUUGAUCGCGAAACCACAGGUCAGUACUGGCUAACUGUUUAUGCCACUGACCAAGGAGUCAUCCCCCAGUCGUCUUUUGUGGAAGUGUAUAUUGAGGUCAGGGACAUCAACGACAAUGUUCCACAAACCUCGGAACCCAUCUACUACCCAUCUGUCCAGGAGAACUCCCCAAAGGACACCUCCGUCAUCCAGAUUGAAGCAUUUGACCCUGAUACUGGGUCUGACAAGCUGGCCUACAGGAUAACCAGUGGGAAUCCCCAAGGGUUUUUUGUCAUCGAUCCCAAGACAGGAUUGGUGAUGACAACAUCCCGCAAAUUAGACAGAGAAAAACAGGAGGAACACACUCUCCAGAUCACUAUCACUGACAGCGGCGCUCCAGCGAAGUCUGUUAGUGUUCGAGUGAUUGUGAACGUGCUGGAUGAGAAUGACAACGCUCCUCAGUUCCUGGAGACGGUCUACAGAAUCAGGUUGCCAGAGCGGAGCCGGACGCUCGCGAGAGAGCCGGUGUACAGGGUGCUCGCCUCGGACCACGACACAAGCCAAAACUCAGAGAUCUCCUACAGCAUCGAGGACGGCAACAAACAAGGGAGGUUCUUCAUCGACCCCAGGUCCGGGUGGGUAUCCACCAGAGAAGCUUUCUCUGCAGGAGAAUACAAUGUCCUCACGAUAAGGGCCGUGGACAACGGCCGGCCACAGAGGUCGUCUACCUGCCGGCUGCAUGUGGAGUGGAUCCCCAGGCCCAAAGUGCCAGCGCAGGCCCUGGAGCUAGACAAGGAGGCGCCGGCCACGUUUACGGUCAUGGAGUCGGACAAAGUGGGUCACAUGGUGGGGGUCAUCCGCACGGUGCUCACUGACUCCCCCGUCUGGUUUGCAAUUAAAGGAGACGUAGAUGCUAAAGAGGUUUUUCAAAUCGUUCAGAUGGCCUCUGACCGGAAUGGUACAGCAGAAGAAACAGGUGGAAAGGAUGACAGUAGGUUUGAUGUCAACAAGGGCAGUGGAACGCUCAUCGUCGCAGGACCGCUUGAUGCUGAACAAAAUUCAAGUUACAACUUGACCAUAGAAGCCACAGAUGGGUCCAGGUGCAUAACUACACAGGUCGUAAUUAAAGUGAUUGACACAAAUGAACACCGACCGGAGUUUUCUCAGGCUGUGUACGAGAUUAGCAUCCCAGAAGAGACGCAGGCCGGCGCUAAAAUCCUGGAGAUCCUUGCCACCGAUAAAGACCUGAAGAGCAAAUUAUCUUACACGCUACUGAGCAGCACCGACCCCCUUAGCCUGCAGAAGUUUCGCCUUGACCCAGGAACUGGCUACUUAUACACCACUGAUCCUCUGGACCAUGAAGUCAUGAAAAGACACACACUUACUGUAAUGGUACGAGACCAAGACAUUCCAGUGAAGCGUAAUUUGGUGCGGGUGAUAGUCAAUGUGGAGGACAACAAUGACAACGCCCCCUCCUUCACGAGUCCUCGGUACACGGGCCGUGUGUUAGAGACGGCUGCCCUGGGCACUGUGGUGGCGCAGGUGACUGCCCUUGACAAGGACAAAGGGGUGAAUGCUGAGCUGCUCUACAGCAUAGACUCAGGGAAUGAAGGCAACAAAUUUGCUAUUGAUGCGUUUUCUGGAAUGAUUACCGUCGCCAAGGAGCUCGACAGCAGCAGUGAGAGCCAGUUUAUGCUAACCAUCAAAGCCUUCGACCAGGGGGAGCCUCCUCGGAGUGCUGAAACAAAGGUCCACAUUUCUGUCACCAUCUCUGAUAACGCCAAACCGAAAUUUGCCCUUGAAGAAAUCUCGGCAGAAAUCAGCGAAGCCGCUCCAGUCGGGAGUUUGGUGACUGUGGUCGAGGCCUCCAGUCAAUCAUCAGUCACCUACCAGAUCAAAGAAGGAAACAUUGACUUUGCCUUCGCUAUAAAUCCAAACUCGGGUGCCAUUGUCACACUAAAGCCUUUAGACUACGAGACUAAAUCUUUAUACAAAUUGAUUGUGCAAGGUACAAACAUGGCUGGAUUUGAAAGCAACAUGACAGUUUUAGUUCACAUUAAGGAUGAAAAUGACAAUGCCCCAUUCUUCACAAAAGCUGAAUACUUUGGAACGAUUAGUGAGUCGGCUGCAAUCAAAAGCUUAGUCUUAACUGACGGAAACACCCCCCUGGUCAUCCAAGCUACUGACAUGGACACAGACCUGAACGGCAGACUCGUGUACGAGAUUGUAGAGCCAGACGCACGGAACUACUUUGCCCUCGACUCCAGCACAGGUGCAUUUCAGACAGCGUCAGAGCUCGACUACGAGCAGAGGACCACUUUCCAAUUUACUGUGCAGGCCCACGAUACUGGCGCCCCACGGUUAUUUACUAGCAGCACUGCCAGAGUGACCAUCCAAGUCAUUGAUGCUAAUGACUGCACACCCAAAUUCAGCCAGGACUUAUAUGAAGCGACUCUCCUUCUGCCAGCAUACCAAGGGGUAAGAGUUAUAGCGGUGAAUGCAACAGACAACGACUCGCUAGCCAAUGCCAAAUUGCUUUUCUCUAUUUCAGAUGGCAAUAUUGGAGACAAAUUCAGAAUUGAUGCCGUUUCUGGUGGCAUUUUUAUCCAGAAUGCUACCCAGCUUCGUAGCAGGUACAGACUCACCGUGAGGGUGUCUGAUGGCCGAUGGCAGAGCACUUCAGUGGUGAAAGUUGCGGUGAAGGAGAACAAAGAUCCGAACUUGCAGUUUACCCAAAAAAUAUAUACAGCUGUCGUGCGAGAGAAUUCCUCAGAGAGGAAAACCCUCGCCAUAGUGUCCACGGUAGGGAGGAAGACUAACGAGCCUCUCUUUUACACCAUUCUCAACCAAGAUGGCCACUUUGAAAUAGGUCAAACCUCAGGGGUUCUCUUUACAACUGGAAAACCGUUUGAUCGAGAGGAGCAAGACAUGUAUGAGGUUGUGGUUGGUAUUACAAGAGAACCAAAGUCACCCAAGGUCGUUUCCCAUGUUCUGGUCAGAGUCACAAUUGAGGACGUUAAUGAUAGUCCACCAGUGUUUGUGAACCUGCCCUAUCAUGCCCUAGUUCAGAUAGACGCGGAAGUGGGCCAAAUUAUUAGACAGAUGUCUGCUGUCGACCAGGACACUGGCAGAAAUGCAGAGGUCAAAUACCUCCUGAAUGAGCACAAGUAUUUUCAGAUGUCCUCCUCAGGAGACAUCACUCUUAAGAGGCCUUUUGAUCUGGAGACCCUAAACACAAAGUUUGUACUAAGUGUGGUCGCACAAGAUGGAGGAGAGCCCGCUCUGUCCUCCACAGUUGAGGUUGAAGUGACGGUCCUAAACAAGGCUGCCCCCAUUUUUGAAAAACCCUUCUACAACAUUGAAAUAUCCGAGAACAUCCUGCCACACACUUCAAUUCUGCAAGUUCAGGUGAAUGGUUUGAAUGGCCCCAGGGCUGUGUACAGCAUCUUUGAAGGGGAUCCUCUUAGUCAUUUCUCCAUUAGCUUCAACUCGGGGGUCAUUAGCGUCGUUCAGACUCUGGAUUACGAGGUCCACCCUGCUUAUAAAUUGAGAGUGCGAGCCACAGAUGCUGUGACUGGCUCUCAUUCAGAGGUUUUUAUCGACAUCAUAUUGCUGGAUGUCAAUGACAAUGCCCCAGUGUUUGAAAUGGAUACCUACAAAGUCACCCUCUCGGAGUCCGUUGUGAUUGGCGCAUCAGUGCACCAGGUGAAGGCUGUAGAUGCUGAUUUUGUGAGUAAUAAAUUAGUCUCCUAUGAGCUGUUGGAGCCUGAGGGCUCUGUCUCCACUUUUUUCCAGAUUGACUGCGACACAGGGGUCAUCUCCACUACCAGCCUUUUAGAUUAUGAAACAAAGUCACAACACACUCUCAGACUAAGGGCUGUGGACAAAGGUACCCCUGCCUUGACCAGCGAGGCUUCAUUGAUCAUCAACGUGUCGGAUGUCAACGACAACCCGCCCACGUUCACGCAAGGCUCUUACGACAUUGCUGUUAGUGAGCUGGCCACUCAAGGCCACUUUGUUCUAAGUGUCCAAGCAGCCGACGCCGAUGUCUCAGAUGCUGGCAAGCUGGAGUACUUUUUCCUCUCAGGCAACGAGCGGGGACACUUUGCUCUAAAUAAAAAGACUGGACAAGUAGUCAUGUCAAAUCACCAGCGGAGUGGCAUGCAGCCCUCGUACAGCAUGAACGUGCUGGUGACGGAUGGCGUUUUCAGAAGCUCUGCUGAGGUGAACAUCAAAGUGAUCCGUGAAAACUUGCACAGCCCUACUUUUGCCCAGAGCCUGUAUGCCGUUGAGCUCCCGGAGAAUUCCCCCAUUGGCACACUGGUCACGGAAGUCAAAGUCACAGACAGAGACGAAGGGGUGAAUGGCCAAGUGAAAUAUUCUAUAGUCAACGAGGUCACGAGAGAUAAGUUUGCCAUUGACACUGAUGGACAGAUCUACACUCUGGAGAGCUUCGAUAGGGAGAACAGCCUUGAGAAAGCAAUAGCUAUACAUGUAAUGGCGAAAGAUGGCGGCGGCAAAGUUGGAUUUUGCACUGUCAAUGUGAUCAUCACAGACAUGAAUGACAACACCCCUCAGUUUGUUGUGUCUGAGUACAAUGUGUCAGUUCCUUGGGAUAGCCCUACAGGAAUGUCCAUCGUCAAAAUAACCGCUAUUGAUGUGGAUGAGGGAAUCAAUGCUGACAUUCUGUAUGAAAUUGACUCGGAGGUGCGUCACUUUGACAUUCACCCCCAGAGUGGUGUUAUCACCGUAAAGCAAAGCCUGUUUGGUUUUGAGAAUUAUCUCUACACUCUCUAUGUGAAGGCCAGGGAUUCCGGAACGCCACAGAAGCACUCGUUUAUUCCCGUUAAUAUCGUGGUGGUGCCGUCGCACGUGUCACUUCUUGAGUUUGUGAAGCCGUCCUUGCAGCUGACGAUCGCAGAGGACCUCCCUGUUGGGACCGAGAUGGACGUGAUCCAGGCAGAGGGUGGUGAGCCGUCAGUGACGUACAGCCUCGUGAGAGGCAACAUCGCCGAGAGCAACCGAGAGGAUGUGUUUGUCAUCGACAGUAUGACUGGUGUGCUGAAACUAGUAAAGCGUCUGGAUUACGAAAGCACCCAUUGGUAUGGCCUCACGGUGCAGGCCAGCAGACUUCAGGAGGGGAUGGAGAUCUUGUCUUUGAUGGAGGUGACGGUUGAGCUGAAGGACGUGAACGAUAACAGCCCCCAGUUUGAUUCUGACCCGUACGAGGCUUACGUGGUGGAGAACUCUCCAAGGCAGACAUCGGUCAUCCAGGUUAGGGCCUUCGACCUGGACACGGGAACGAACGGCCAGGUGACGUAUAGCCUGGACGAGAGCCAGGAGCGGCCUGAGGUCCUGGAGCUGUUCGCCGUGGAGGAAACCACGGGCUGGCUGGUCACACUGAGGGAGCUGGACCGCGAGCAGAGAGAGAGGUACACCAUAUCGGUCAUCGCCUCGGACCAAGGCAAGGAGCGGCAGAUGAUGGCCACUGCUGCGGUGGAGGUGACUGUGGUGGACGUCAACGACAACCCACCGCGCUUCGCCGAGGAGGUCUUCAAAGCCACGGCGAGGGAAGAUGACUCACCGUCUACAGUGGUUGCUGUGUUUAGUAUCGCUGAUGCAGACAGUAAGGAGACAAACAGACAAAUCAGCUGCUACAUCACAGGUGGGGACCCUGUAGGGCACUUUGGCAUUGAACAGAGUCAUGGUGAGUGGCGACUGACUGUGAGGAACCCUCUGGACAGGGAGAAAAGGGACAAUUACCUCUUAAACCUCACAGCUACAGAUGGCACCCAUUUGGCCAGAGCAGCUGUGGACAUCGAAGUCCUGGACGCCAACGACAACAGUCCAGUUUGUGGAAAGAGUGUGUACGCUGGAACGGUUCCUGAGGACGCGCCGGCUGGCCUGCUGAUCUUACAGGUGUCGGCCACUGAUGCGGAUGUCCAUGGCAACGCAGAGAUAACCUACCAGCUGUCUGGAGAUGGGGCCGAACGCUUCAGCCUGCAUCCGACCACAGGUGAGCUGAGAUCUCUCUUGCCCUUGGACCGCGAGGAGAGGCAGGAGUUUAAGCUCACAGCGCAAGCACAAGAUGGAGGGGGUCUCUCCUGCCAGGUCGCCGUGGAGAUAGCCGUGGCCGAUGUCAAUGACAACCCGCCGCGGUUCACACCGGACGCCCAUCACUUCAGCGUGGCGGAGAACACGGAGCCUGGGACCUAUGUGGCCCAGAUGCAGGCCGUGGACCCGGACACUGGGAUGAAUGGCAAAAUCCUGUAUUCGUUCGAGGACUCGGCCGGAGGCCUGUUUUCCAUCCAGGAACAUUCAGGAAUCAUAAGUUUGGAGAGGUCCCUUGACCCCAGUGUCCAGGCCACCUACACACUCCGAGUCCGCGCCACUGACCAGGGCACGCCCCGUCAGCUGUCUUCGCUCAGCUCGGCGACUGUCACUGUCCGCACCGCUGCCGACAGCCCGCCCGCGUUCCAGCUCCGGGAGUACGUGGCGACCGUCCCCGAGGACGUCUCCAUGGGAACGCAGAUCCUCCGCGUCUUCGCCAGCGGCGGGGACUCUGGUGCGCGGCGCGGCGAGAUCGCCUACUCCAUCACCGGCGGCAACGAGCAGGGAGCGUUCAGCAUCAACUCCCGCACGGGCGACAUCUUUGUGAUCGAAAGUCUGGAUUACGAAUCAUCCCAUGAGCACUUCCUGACUGUGGAGGCCAAAGUGGAGGGGAAGGAGCCAUUAAGUGACAUCGCCUCUGUUCAAGUCAACGUGACGGACGUCAACGACAACAGCCCUGUCUUCAGCCAGGGGGUGUACUCAGCGGUGGUCAGCGAGGACGCCAAGCCAGGGACCGCUGUGGUGACCAUCACGGCCAGCGACACUGAUGGGCCCGCCAACAACCGCGUCCGAUUCUCUAUCAUCAGCGGCAACCAGGGGACUCCGUUCAUCAUCGACGCAGUUAGCGGGGAGCUGCGAGUGGCCCGGCCACUAGACAGAGAGCAGGAAAGCAUCCCCAUAUCCAGCAGUAUCCUGCAGCUCCAGGCCACGGACGGUGACGCACCUCACAAUGGCCCCCCCUUCACCUUCUCCAUCGUGCGCGGUGACGAGAGGGGCGCCUUCCGGAUGGAUCCGCAAGGAACACUCACCACACGCUCCCCACUCAGCCACAGAACUCAGGAGAACUAUCUGCUGCGCGUGAAGGUUGUAGACAGUGGCAAGCCUUCCCUGUCCGCGACCACGGUGAUCAGCAUCAGGGUCGUGGAGCAGAGCCGCCACCCCCCGGUUGUGCUCCCCCUGGAGGUCAUCGUCUACACCCCCCAGGACGAGUUCCCCGGCGGCUACCUGGGCAAGGUCCAUGCCACCGACAACGAUCCUUACGACACGCUCUCGUACAGCCUUCCUCCUAUCGAUGCCUCCUCCUCCUCCUCCUCCUCCCCCCCUCCACAGGACCUUUUCUCCGUGUCCCCGACAGAUGGACGUCUGCUGGCCACUCGAGGCCUGGACGCGGGUCUCUACCCACUCAACGUGUCUGUCAGCGACGGGCGCUUCUCCGCGUCGGCCCCCGUCAGCGUCCACGUGCGCAGGGCCACGCAGCGCAUGCUGGAGCACGCUGUCGCCAUGCGCGUCUCCCCCGUCACCCCCGAGGAGUUCCUCGCCGACCACUGGCGGAACGUCCAGAGGGCCGUGCGGAACGCGGCUGGGGCCCGUCGCGGUGACAUCCACCUCCUCAGCCUCCAAGCCACAGAACCGGACCCGGGGGCCGCUCCAAAGCGGAACCUAGACAUGCUGUUGUCCGUGGAGGUGCGAACAGCAUCGGCAGGCGCACGCCCCGGCCUACAGGGGGCACUGCUGCACAAGAUAAACGCCUCUCUGGCCUCCCUCAGGCAGACGAGUGGCCUGCGCGUAGCCCAUGUCCUCAGGGGCCCCUGUGCUUUCCUGCAGGACUGUCCGGUCACGUUCUGCAGAGAGCUGGCCGUCCUGGACCAGGACGCCAUGUCCACUCACAGCAGCGCGAGGCUGAGCUUCGUUUCUCCUCGCCACCACAUGUCCGCCAUAUGUCUGUGCAAAGAUGGAAAAUGUCCAAAGCCAAACAGCCCAUGUGAAGACAGCCCAUGCCCAGAUGGAUUUCGCUGUGUACCUGCUGAAAAAGAAGACAAAUACAGUUGCCUGUGUGAAAGCAGUAAAAAGGGAAAUUGCUCAGGGGGGGCAGCGUUGACACUGUUUGAGAACAGUUUUAUUAAGUACCACCUGCCAGAGGACGUGAGUCAAGAGGAACUGAAGAUCUCUCUCAGACUGAGAACCUUCUCCAGUCAUGGAACUGUCAUGUUUGCUAAAGGGCAUGAUUACAGCAUCCUGGAAAUUGUGGAUGGCAGACUGGAGUUCCAGUUUGACUGUGGCUCUGGCCAGGCAACCGUAUCCGUUCACAGCGUCCAGGUGAACGACGGCCAGUGGCACAGUGUUUGGCUGGGGGUGGAGGGCAACCGUGCCAAGCUCGUCCUGGACCGCGUUCACAGCGCGUCCGGCAUCGCUCCCGGCGACGGCUGCUCCCUCCACCUCCGCGAUGCCGUCUUCCUCGGCGGCCACGCACACCUUCUCAGCCUCCGGCCCAGGCGGAGUUUGCCCGGCGUGGCCUCCAACAGGGCCGCUGGUGGCCUGCGUGGCUGCAUCGACUCUGUUCUGGUGAACGGUCAGCCACUGUCGCUCGGCAGACAGUCCCCGUCUGGCGCCACGCUGGUGGAGGACAUGGUUGGCGUCCUGCCAGGCUGCGCCAUGUUCUCAGUGGACGACUGCUCCAACAACCCAUGCCUGAACGGAGGGAGGUGCACGCUCAAGCCUAACAGAGGCUACUCCUGCCAGUGUGAAGCCAUGUUUAUUGGGACACGCUGUGAAGCCAGACUCAGCUCGUGUGUCUCCAAUCCCUGUCUCUACGGUGGAACCUGCGUGGACAACAGCAACGGUGACUUCUACUGCCAGUGCCGGGGGCAUUACUCUGGACAACGGUGUCAGAUCGGGCCCUACUGUGCUAGCAGCCCCUGCCAUAAUGGUGGACACUGUAUUGAAAGCCUUGAUGGGGCUGUGUGUGAGUGUCCCACAGGCUUCACAGGUGAAAGGUGCCAAAUGGACGUGGACGAGUGCCAGAAGGAGCCCUGUGGGAACGGCGGGCGGUGUGUGAACACGCAUGGCUUCUUCCACUGCAUCUGCGCCCCGGGCUUCGCCGGCGUGCUCUGCCAGGUCCACGGCGAGCUGCGGCACAAGUACCCCCCGUCCCCCUCCUGGACCAUGGGCCUGGAGGAGAUCUUGGGCAGCGUCCUGGUCUUCGUCGGCGUCUUCCUCGUCUUGCUGCUGUUCGCCGGCUGCUGGCGGGCAGGCUGCCCUCUGAGGAGGACGACGAGGAAGAAGGGCGAGGAAGAGGAGGGGGGCGAGGCGGGGGAUGGACGCAGGGAGGCCCGGGCUUUCCUGCAGAGGUCCUACCCGGACACCAGGCCCGCCAGGGUGACCUUCGCAGCCGCCCCUCCGCAGGUUCCCAUCAGGCCCGCGGCCUACACCAGAGAGGACAGCGCUCUCCAGGGCUCAGACACUCCAGAGUACUUUGAGUCGAGCGUGUUUCAUCAGGACCACCCGCCGGCGCGCAGCAGGGGGGAGCGUAAACCGGUGGCGGUAUGCAGCGUUGCCCCCCACCUGCCUUCCCGCUGCUCUCCUGUCUCGCCCACGGAUGGAGACUCCUUCCACAAGCCCACCUGGGACUACGAGGAUGACGCUGAGCCCUUUAUGAAGAAGAGGUCCCGUUCUCGUGGUUUUAACACACCAGAAUCCUGCUCCCCAAGCUCCCCACGGUCAGAGUCAAGCGAUGACAAUGGCUAUCACUGGGACAUCUCUGAUUGGAUACCCAGCAUGCAGCUGUGUCAUGUCCAGGGCCUCCUACACAAUGACUCUGUACAAACCCCUCCUCCUGGCUACAUCAAGCCCACCAGCAUCGACACAGAUUACCUCACCUCCGGCUUAGACAUCGAAAGCGAAUUUACCUCUGCCUUACAAUACCCCGCAGAUGUCCAUCUGCCCCCUGUCCUAAGACUUCCUGAGAGUUAUAGUCCGAUGCUGCCCUGUAGAGACACUCACCCAUCUGCAGACAGUCAGUCUUCUAAUUGCCCGGUGAAAGCACAUUGUCUCAUCCACAGAGCAAGACUUACCACUCCUUUGACUCAAAUAGUGCCUCAGGGCUCAGUAUCAGGACCGUCUGAUUUUAACGGUCAAGACCGCCACUCCGAAUGCCUGGGACAAGAUGAUGGUGACAUUUGUUUGCCCAUGCGGUCAUGCUCCGACGUGUUGGCCUACGGUGAGGACUGUGAUUCCAUGUUGAGUGACAGUGAGAGCUCAGAUGGAUGGUCUUUCCAGUCACAAAAGGCCACUCACACAAAGUAAUACUAAUGUGUGAUGACUUGUUUUUUCAUCAUUAUUUAUCCAUGAUGAACUCUUGGAACCCUAUAGUCAGUAACAGUUUGCUGUCUUUAAUAUUAUUGGUGUGUAGCAUUAAGAACCUCACUGAACAACCAGAUUGAGACAAGGUACAGUUUUCGCUAUGACAGAUCAAUGAAGUUGGUGUUCGGUGCUCUUGUUUGACCUUUUCAAAUUUGCCGUCUCUGUAACCCCUUCCCGUAGUGGGCACUGUGAUUGUAAGAUAAAGCCUGUGAUUACUUGACUGGCAGGUCCCCAGCAGAUCACAGUUUUUAGUCACUUAAAAUUGUGAUUUGUUUCAGUUUAUCAAGAAAUCAUAAGUAGUUUGUAAACAAGAGUCAGAUGUAAUGUAUAAUUUGUUAUCAUUUAAAAUAUAAACAGAUUUUGUAUAUACGUAUUGAUCUUAUUUGUGGUAACUUGUGCUCUAUGAACUGUUGUAUAUGUCUUGAUUUUGUCUUGAUUAUUGUAUAUGUCUUGAUUUUGUAAUGACAUUUGAAAUACAGUUAUGACAGUUGGACAUACAAUGUAGACAAUUCUAUAUAUGGUUGUGAUUCUCAAAGCUCCAACUCAUUUUAUACAGGAAUCACCAAUUGUGGAAUGCAGUCAUAUGUAAAG